UUGUGGCACCAUUCACAAAUAAAUGAGAAAUGUCAAAAAUUGGGCUCCACAAUGGCGGACGAGUCUGCUACCUUUUAUAGUGCUGUAGUAGUCAUUGUAGACCACAAAAUAUCCCCCCUACAUACCCCAGGGGGUAUGUUCUGUGUUGUAGACGUCAGACACAGCUGUCAGCUGUUAGUUGUUAUUGAUAGGGAAAACAUCGGCAAAUAAACAGUUAUCUCUAUUAAAAUAAUGUGUAGACCAAAGUAAUUAGAAUGUAAACGGCCAGUGUGGCGAUUUCAUUGUCCGAAUCUCUGAACAUCCGAGAGCAUCACUUGAAGAUGGCUUCAAUAAACACAACUCCAUUGCUACAAGAAGUAGACUCUGAAAUUGAGGACAGUGAUAUUCAUGAAAGCUUAGCUGUACGCGACAACAAGCCGUUGUUUAAGCCAAUUGAGCCUCGGGAUAAGUUCUACACAGUUUUCGUCAUAUUUUACAUCUUAGGUGUUGUCACUCUACUCCCAUGGAACUUCUAUGUUACAGCCAAUGAUUACUGGAUGUAUAAAUUCAGAGACACACGCAUUCAUAACAACUCCGUGACUGGAAGCCAACUCAUGAAUAAAACUACCCUACAAGCUGAGUUCACCUCGUAUGUUACAGUUGCUUCUGCUGUUCCCAGCUUGUUGUUCUUGAUAGUCAAUAUUACAAUUAGCCAGAAAGUAUCGGCCAAUAAACGCAUCUUAGGAUCGCUUUUCGGUAUGUUAACAUUGAUGUUGGCCACUCUUGUUUUCGUAGUAAUUGACACAGAUGAAUGGCAGUAUCUAUUUUUCAUGAUCACUUUGGUUAUAAUCGUCCUCUUAAACGUAUGCAGCGCAAUUCUAUCGGGAAGCGUGUUUGGAAUUGUCGGAAAUUUUUCCCCAGUUUAUAUAACAGCUACCAUAGGAGGACAAGCGUUGGGUGGGAUUUUUGCAGCUUUGGCCGAAAUAGUUUCUUUGGCAAUAGGCGCUUCGUCCACUCAUAGCGCUUUUGUGUAUUUUAUCAUCGGCAACCUGACUAUAGCCGGCUCGAUAGCUUUGUUCGUCGUUCUCACUAAAACUCUCUUUUACAAGUAUCACAUAGAGGACAAGUUUCUUAAUAUUUCGGACUUUGGAACCACUUCAAGCGCCCAACUGGUUUGCCAUAAAGUGGUUUUCAGGAAAACCUGGAUUUAUGGCUUAUCCAUGUUUUUUGUCUUUGCCAUUACCUUAAGCAUCUAUCCGGGGGUUACUGUACUUAUAGAAUCUGAGGGCAGGGGCAGUGGGAGCAAAUGGAAUGACGUAUUUUUCAUUCCAACAAUCACCUAUCUGCUCUUCAGCAUCGGAGAUUAUCUAGGUAGAAUAGCAGCUGGAAGAAUCCAGAAGCCAAACAAGGAGAGCGUAGUGCUUCUCUUGAGUCUUGCCAGAUUUGUGUUCAUUCCUCUUUUCAUGUUGUGCAACGCACAACCCCGAUACUAUUGGGGGGUAGUUUUCAACAAGGAUUACCAGUACAUUAUCAUUCUUUUCAUGUGCGCAAUCAGCAACGGGUAUUUAGCAAAUAUUGCAGCAAUUUUAGCCCCAAGAAAAGUCGAUGACUUUGAAAAAGAAGCUGCGUCGUUAAUGACUACAGUUUUUAUGGGCGUAGGACUCGCUUUCGGGUCCAUUAUCAGCUUAGUGAUGGUUAAGUUACUAUAAUUGGAAAACAUACAUAUCGAGAAUAAUCCACACUUUUAAACUUUACAAAGCUUCUUGACCUGAUUGAGUUGACUAAUAAAAUAGUUUUAUUUAAUUUAAACGCAUUGAAUGUGAUACCUUCUGUAGCCACCGGUAAAUUGGUCCAUUUGGGAAAAGGUUGUAUUAAUUAUAUGAAAAAAUCGGCCUUGAGGCUCUCUUAUUUGUAUAGUAGCUGGAGACGACUUUUUAUUUAUGUAUAUUUAUUUGAUACUGUUAGGCACAGAUUUAAUAAAGAAUCUCAAAAAUUAUCUAAAUCGGACUUAGAUAAGCUCUCUAAAAAAUCCUAUUUCAGCAACACAAAACUUAAAAACGCAGAGCAUCAAAACUUGAUUAAAGCCUUGCAAGUGUGCAUCUUAUUCUGAUGGGAAACUGAAACUAUUUGAAAAUAUCUUUGUUUUUAGUGAGCCUCAAAAUGGUAGUUUUGGCUUCUGCUUCUGUGGACAAAUCGUUAACUUUUCAAAAUGUAUAGUUCUGUUCUUCAGAGGACCUUGAUUUGGAAAUUCGAGCCUGAGCCCUGCCUAAAAUCGGCCUUUUUCAGUUUCAAUUGAAGCUGCAAACAAGUUUUUAGCUUGUAUUGAAAGUACAACUGAAAAAAUCCUUUGGAUCAUUUGCGUUCUGUUUACCACUGAACUUUGAACGUUUCUGCAAUCUGUGAGUUGAUUAAUUAUUUUGAAAUUUUGACGAUUUUUUAUAGACAGACAAGCCUGAAAAUGGCACGUUUUUGCCUACUUCUGUUCAGAAAUUAUGUUGUUGAUGGAACUUUUUACACAGUUUAUAAACGAACCUUUCUGUUUCUGCGAGCCGACUGUAACUUUCUGUAGUCUGUUUUGGAUGCUUAAAUCUAUGGAAAUUGUGACGAUUUAUUGCCGGGGAUUGUGGGAAAUUGUUCAUUUUUGAAACUCUAGUUUAUGGAUUUUCCGUUUACAAGCAAGCCUUGACUUUAUAAUUUUCUGCAGGCUGUUUCAGGCACUUAAAUCCAUUGCUCAUUUGUUUCAUAAGAAGUCCUGAGUCGAGUCUUAAAAUAGCACGCUCCUACCUACUUCUGUUCAGAAAUUGUGCAUUUUUGAUAUUAUCUUCUUUAGAACUCUCGUUUAUAAACAAACCAUGACUUCGUAAUUGCCUGUAGUUUGUUUCCAGUGCUUAAAUUGAUUAAAAUUGUGACGAUUUGUUGUUUAUGUGGUACUAAGUCGACCCUGAAAGCUAAACUGAACUUUAGGAUUUCUGUUCCUUCAGCUGUUUUCGCGUUGGAAAUAUCUGCAGCUGGUUUAUAUUAAUUAAUGCUAUUUCAAAUAUUUGCAGGUCCCGGUUUUAGCCGGAAGUAGACUUCAGGUCGCUUAUAUUAAGUACAAAACCCUGUAUAUUACAAGUUUAAUUUCUCCCAAAGAUUCUGAAUACCUUUUAUGUAUAACGUUUUUUGCAAAUAUCCAUUUAGAAGUUGUUUGCUCGUUUAUUAUUAAAUUUAAAUUUGUCCACAAGGUGUCUAGAAAAUUCAGUUACAAAAUUUUACAUCUAGUUGAUGUAAAAUAGAAACAAAGUAGAAUGAUUGGCGUUUUUGGGCAAAAUCUAUAACAAUUGACUCACUUAAAAUUUACAGAGCAGCAAUGAAAAUGGUCAUUUGCUUUAAUCAUUUCCCAUACUUGAGCAUUGAAUUGAAAGAAGUUUUGCAGGUUGUAGAGGAAACUUACUGACAAAGUAAAAACUAGUUAAAAGGUAUAAAACUGAGGUUUCUCGAAAUCGAAAAUUUUAAUCGCAUUAAUUUAAGCUCUGGUUGUGGAUUUUGAUGGUUUUACAUAUUUCUCAUUUCCUUCUAGUUUCAAUAAAAAYAACUCUAGAACUUUACCAAAAUAAAUAUMAAUUUCASAAUAUUUUCMAUUGUCUGGUAAACCUUAAAGGAAACUAUAAUAGAGCAAACUCGACCAAGACUGAAUUUUUUGUUAAUAUUAAUUAGGAACAGUAAAUGCAACUUUUCCGCCASAUUGAGACGCAAAUUACUGGUGCUACUGUUAUUAAUUYGCAUUUCUUAAUAACUGCCAGAAUUGUAAAUUCAAUAAAUCAGUAUUCUAUGUAAUUCGCCAAAGAACAUAUCAACAGCCAAUGCUGCUUAAUGGAAAUAUACAUAUUUUAGAACAAUGGA